AUGGAUCCAGCGGUAAGAAUACGGUCCGCACGGGAACAUUCCUUACUCUGUCCCGGUGCAUCCACGGUUCGUGAGGGACUCGAUGAGUCUACGCACAGAGCAUGGUUCCCCUUUCUGUAUAGCCACAGCUUCCAUAAGCCCCGGAAACCUUCAACCUAUACUCUCCCAGCUUCGAGGCAUGAGAUACCUUACGAUGAGUGUCCGUGAGACAAAUUCAGCUGAUGGAGGGUGAACUCUGGGUGGGUCCAGCUGGUCUUAGGCCGUCUCUGGCUGUUUAUUGGCCGGCAGCAAACGAGUCCGGCGCACGCCCUCGAGCUGAGAUCCCUGCUGUGAUCUGCCAUUGGGCUGAGGCUCGCGGACGGUCAUCUCCAGAUGCCUUCUGGAACUGGGUCAAGACGGAGAAUACUGGCGGCUACAAACGGAGUACGGCGUACGGAAUACCUAGUUAUUUACUUUCUUGUGCGACGUUCGUAGGAGAUUUGACUGUUCUUGUACGACUUUAUAAUGUACCUCGACUCGUCAAGAAGAGUAGUCACAUUAUGACCUCAUAACGUGCCUAAUAGGACCUACGCUCACGAGAACGGAGCAGUUAGUACUAUUACUGCGUAGGUAGUAGUUACUCCAUAGUUACUCCGUAGUUCCAAGAAAAU